AUGUCUGGCCAAGUCUUCCUCGAGCAACCGGAGCUGCACUCCAAAGCACCACAUCGUGCCGCUCUCCUGACAUAUCCCGGAAACCUCAAGGAAGCUCUACGCCAGGCGGUAGAAGACCCAAGCAAGACAUUGUUCGGAGUCGCCCACGGCAUCCCAAGCACGUUCGCCACUAAGGUCUUGGCUUCGACGAGGCCCGACUUCAUCUGGAUCGAUGUCGAGCAUGGCAUGUUCAACCGUCUCGAACUCCAUGACGCUAUCCACGCCGCACAGCACCACUCCGAAGGCCAAACGCUGGUCAUCGUCCGCGUCCCCAAGCACGACGAAAUCAGCCUGACGACAGCCCUCGACGCCGGCGCAGCGGGCAUCGUGAUCCCACAUGUCGAAACCGCAGACGACGUCAAGAACAUGAUGAAAGAGAUGUACUAUCCCCCGAUCGGCCAGCGCUCCUUCAGCCCCUGGACAUUCACCCCCGGCGUGUCCGACGCCUCGCUCUACCCCGGCGACAACUACAACAUUACAACGGCAAACCGCCAUGUCUGCGUCAUUCCACAGAUCGAGAGCGUAAAGGGUGUGGAGAACAUCGACGAAAUCGCUGCGGUGGAAGGCGUGUCGGCGCUCAUGUUCGGCCCCGGUGACUUCUCCAUCGAUGCUGGGAUCCCGAUUAAGCUCGCCGGGGAGCCGCAUCCGACAUUCGCGGCGGCGAUGACAAAAUGGGCAAUGGCUGCUCAGAGGAACGGAAUUCCGUUGUUUGGUGCUGCACUGAGCAUGGACAUGGUUCCGAUGCUGAUGCAGCAGGGGUACCGAGCCAUUGCUGUGGCUUUCGACGUGUGGGGUCUCGCCGGUAUGGUGUCGGGGUCACUGAAGCAGGGCAGGGAGUUUGCGAAGCAGGCUGCUGGAACUGCUACGCCGUAA